AUGAAGAAUACCCUCGGCUUGUUGAUCCAGUUUCUACUAUUAGUGCGAUUCGUUGUCGGCAACACGGAAUCGUUUCUUCUCUCUGUUCCUUACUAUUUCGACAUCAACAGCCAUCCUCAGUUACUAAGUGAGGACGAUGCCUUGAAUAGACACAUUGCAACACUCAACGCGUCUCACAGCUUGCUUGAGAAUUAUCCGAUUGAGCUGAUAGAGACGCGUCACAACGGCCUCAAUGUUUCCAACAUCAUCGCUAUCAGAGACUACGAUUCGUUCUCCAAACCUAAGAAACAGCUCUUGGUCAAACUAAACAACUACGGAGACACGAGCUUUGCGUCACGUGAUCUUCUCUAUGUCAAGCUCUGUUGGCCUGCGACUUUUGCCUUUGAUUUUAGAGUGAGCCAUCGUUUUAUUGCGGCACGUGAUUUUCUUGAAUUGGGCCAGGCUGGAGAUGAGGAUGUGCUUGAUAUGUAUGUAGUGGUAGAGUACGAGUUCAUAGGAGAGACCAGUGAUGCUUCACGGUACUUGAGCGAGAAUGACGAGGUUGUUUUCCAGCUCUAUGUGACAAAAUUGCCUGCCAGAUGGUUGCCUAUUCCAAUAGAGCUCUAUGGGUUUGUGGUUUAUUUUGUGGAUGUCACUAUCCUAUUGGUGAGUUUGGUUGUGCCGUGGAUGUAUGGAUAUAUUUUCAGUUAA